AUGCGGAGCUUAGCCCUCAACCGCCUCUGGGGCAGCGAGUCGGCUGAGGGAGGCGCUGCGGCUGACAAUGCGGCCAGUGAGGCGCGUGUGGCGCAACUGGAGGCUGCCUUGGCGGAGGAACGCCGCAGGAGUGUGCAAAAAGACGAGGAGAUGGUGCAGAUGCAGAAGCUCAUGGCAAAGCUCGAAAGUCACAUCGAGCAGCAAGCCAAAGACUCAGAGCUGGAGCAAAACCGCCUGAGCAGCUUGGAGACAGUGCUCUCGCAGAAGCAGCAAGCCGAGGAAAGCGAGAAGGUGAAGAAGUGGCUUGGUUGCGAUUCAAUUUUGCCGAAGUCUUCUGGCCGUCUGGUCAAGGAGGUAGGAACCGUGAGCGGCAGUUGCAGCACCCAGUUGGUUCUCGCCCUCGCCGAAGUGAAGCGGCAGAAGGCCUGGAUGUGGGCCGCCAUGAAACCGACAGAAGCGGCUGAGAAGACGGCAAUAGAUGAAGGCGAGAGAGCAGAGAGGCUGGAGAAGCAAAUGUCAGACUUGCAGAAGAAGUCCGAGCUGCAGCGGCUACGAGAAGAGUGUGCCAUCGAGCAGCAGAAGCGAGAGGACGUCAUGACAUGCAACAAGAUGCAGAGGGCCAAGUUGGAGCAGCUUGAGUCGCAGUUGCUUGGAAGCACUUUUGCAGGUUACACCCCUUUGUUGCUUCAGGAUGGUGCUGCGAUGGCAAAGCAACUUGAAGAAAAGGAGCAGCGCAUUCAGGAACUGCUGCAACGCCUGACCAUGACGGAGACAGCGCUCCGAGAGCCGAGCGAGCUGAUGCUGUCGGGCGACGCCGUGGUCGCCGAUCUCCACGAGCGCCUAAACUUCGAGGAGAAACGCCGAAGAGAAUCCGAGAGCCUCGUUGCUGAUCGCGACGGUGAGUUGAAGCACCUGCGCCAAAGGUUGAGUGGCGAGGAGAAGGAACGCCAGGAGCGGGAUACGCAGCUGCAGCAAUUCGAGACCAGCCUCCGGGACAUGAAGCGCGAGAAGAGCGAAGAGUCGCACAUUGCUGAGCUCCAGCGCCAGCUCGCAGAGGAGCUUUCCCAGAGACAGGAAGCCCAGAAGCAGCUGGUGGAAAAGGAAAGGGCCAUGAAGGACAUGCGGGAGCUGCCGCUGGAAAGGCUUUCGGCCCAACAGGCUGUUCAGGAGCAAGUGAUCGAGAAGGAGCGGGAAGUUUGCAGCUUGCAGCAGCAGCUGGCAGAUGAGCUCUCCAAGCGCCAAGCUGUUCAGUACCAGAUUAUCGAGAAGGAUCGACAGAUCUGCGAACUACAGUCGCAGAUCUCAGAGCAGAGUUCUACCGGCAACUCGCCGGAGGGAUACAAUGCGGAUGGGACGAUCCUUCAGCCCAUUGAGGAAGACGGGACCCUGAGCGAGAACUACGGGUCGAUCUCCGUCGCCGCAUCGGUGGCCACAAGCACGGCCCAGGCAACGCCGAAGAAGCUUCCCCCGUGGUUGAACUCGCACGCCGUCAGACAGUCAGUGCCCGUCUCCACGCCCAACUCAACCACCCGGAAUAUGGCGGAGGUGCGGCUCCCCCAGGGAAUGGUCUCGCCUUCAACCAGCUUUCAGCCUGGGCGCGUGGGCGGCGUGGGCGUCGUGUCUGGGGCGAGCUACCCGAGCCCCGUUGUCAACUAUCGUGCCCGCGUAUAUGGUGUGCCUCCGAGACACCAGAGCGGCCAUUUGCCACAUCAUCUGGCACGUCGCCUUGCCCAAGGGGCAUCGACCUUUACAUAG